AUCGAGAUAAUAAAGCAAGACCUCCACAAUGCAAAAGAAUUGGGAGACAGUCCGGACGAGGGAAUUGCCUACCUCCUUCUUGGUGUGACUUAUCACCAGCUAGGUGAUUUCAAUCAAGCCAUAGAGUACAUCCAACAACAUCUUAGUAUUGCUAAAGAACUGGGAGACAGGGCAAACGAGGGAAUUGCCUACACGAAUCUUGGCUCGGCUUAUUACGAGCUGGGUGAUUUCAAUCAAGCCAUAGAGUACAGCAAACAACAUCUUAGUAUUGCUAAAAAACUCGGAGAUAGGGCAGACGAGGGAACUGCCUACCACAAUCUUGGUGUGACUUAUCCCCAGCUGGGUGAUUUCAAUAAAGCCAUAGAGUACCACAAACAAGAUCUUAGUAUUGCUAAAGACCUGGGAGACAGGAAUGUAGAAGGACGUGCCUACAAAGGACUUGGCUUGGCCUAUUUCAAGAUGGGUGAUUUCAAUAAAGCCAUAGAGUACCACAAACAACAUCUUAGUAUUACUAAAGAACUCGGAGAUAGGGCAGACGAGGGAACUGCCUACCACAAUCUUGGCGAGGCUUAUCACCAGCUGGAUGAUUUCAGUCAAGCUAUAGUGUACCACAAACAAUAUCUUAGUAUUGCUAAAGAACUGGGAGACAGGAAAGUAGAAGGACGUGCCUACAAAGGACUUGGCUUGGCCUAUUUCAAGAUGGGUGAUUUCAAUAAAGCCAUAGAGUACCAUAAACAACAUCUUAGUAUUGCUAAAGAACUGAGAGACAGGGCAGACGAGGGAACUGCCAACCUCCUUCUUGGUACGACUUAUUACCAGCUAGGUGAUUUCAAUCAAGCCAUAGAGUACAGCCAACAACAUCUCAGUAUUGUAAAAGAACUGGGAGACAAGGCAGACGAGGAACUUGCCUACAAAGCUCUUGGCUCGGCCUAUCUCAAGCUGGGUGACUUCAAUCAAGCCACAGAGUACAGCAAACAACAUCUUAGUAUUGCUAAAGAACUGGGAGACAGGGCAGACGAGGGAAUUGCCUACAACUAUCUUGGCGCGGCCUAUCUCAAGCUGGGUGACUUCAAUCAAGCCACAGAGUACAGCAAACAACAUCUUAGUAUUGCUAAAGAACUGGGAGACAGGAAAGAAGAGGGACGUGCCUACAACAACCUUGGCACGACUUAUCACCGGCAAGGUGAUUACAAUCAAGCCAUAGAGUACCGAAAACAGAGUCUUAGUAUUGCUAAAGAAAUGGGAGACAGGGCAGACGAGGGAACUGCCUACCACAAUCUUGGCUUGGCUUAUCACCGGCUGGGUGAUUUCAGUCAAGCAAUAGUGUACCACAAACAAGAUCUUAGUAUUGCUGAAGAACUGGGAGAUAGGAAAGUAGAGGGACGUGCCCACAACAGACUUGGCUUGGCUUAUUUCCAGAUGGGUGAUAUCAAUGAAGCCAUAAAGUACCACAAACAAAAUCUUAGUAUUACUAAAGAACUGGGAGACAGGGAAGACGAGGGAACUGCCUACCACAAUCUUGGCUUGGCUUAUCACCAGCUGGGUGAUUUCAGUCAAGCCAUAGUGUACCACAAACAAGAUCUUAGUAUUGUUGAAGAACUGGGAGACAGGAAAGUAGAUGGACGUACCUACAACAGACUUGGCUUGGCUUAUUUCCAGAUGGGUGAUUUCAAUAAAGCCAUAGAGUACCACAAACAACAUCUUAGUAUUGCUAAAGAACUGGGAGACAGGGCAGACGAGGGAACUGCCUACCACAAUCUUGGCGUGGCUUAUCACCAGCUGAAUGAUUUCAGUCAAGCCAUAGUGUACCACAAACAAUAUCUUAGUAUUGCUGAAGAACUGGGAGACAGGAAAGUAGAGGGACGUGCCUACAACAUACUUGGCUUGGCUUAUUCCCGGAUUGGUGAUUUCAAUAAAGCCAUAGAGUACCACAAACAACAUCUUAGUAUUACUAAAGAACCGGGAGACAGGGCAGUCGAGGGAGCUGCCUACCACAAUCUUGAUGUGGCUUAUCACCGGCUGGGUGAUUUCCGUCAAGCCAUUGAGUACCACAAACAAGAUCUUAGUAUUGCUAAAGACCUGGGAGACAGGGCAGGCGAGGGACGUAUCUACAAUGCUGUUGGCGUGGCUAGUUAUAAGCUAGGUGAUUUCAAUAAACCGGGAGACUGGGCAGUCGAGGGAGAUGCCUACUACAAUCUUAGCGAGGCUUAUUACAAGCUGGGUGAUUUCCGUCAAGCCAUAGAGUACAGCAAACAACGUCUUAGUAUUGCUAAAGAACUGGGAGACAGGGCAGACGAGGGAACUGCCUACCACGAUCUUGGCGCGGCUUAUCUCAAGCUGGGUGAUUUCCGUCAAGCCAUAGCGUACACCAAACAACAUUGUGGUAUUGCUAAAGAACUGGGACACAGGGCAGACGAGGGAAGUGCCUAUAAUCAGCUUGCCUGGGCUUAUCUCGAGUUGGGUGAUUUCAAUCAAGUCAUAGAGUACGGCAAACAACAUCUUAGUAUUGCUAAAGAACUGGGACACAGGGUAGGCGAGAGAAGCGCCUACAACACGAAUUGCCUCGCUUAUUAUUUCUUGAGGGGGUAUUCCAGUCAAAUCAUACAGUGCCCCGUGACACAUCUUAGUAUUGCUAAAGAACUGGGAGACCGGAAUGGAGAGGGAAGUGCCUAUAACAAACUUUGCAUCGCUUAUUUCCAGCUGGGUGAUCUAAAUCAAGCCAUAGAGUACAGCAAACAACAUGUUAGUAUUGCUAAAGAACUGGGACACAAGGCAGGCGAGGGACUUGCCUACAACAAUCUUGGUGCAGUUUAUUUUUGGCUCAAUGAUUUCAAUCAAGCCAUAAAGUACUGCAAACAACAUCUUAGUAUUGCUAACGAACUGGGAGACAGGGUAAGCAAGGCAGUCGCCUACCGCAAUCUUGGCUCGUAUUAUCUCAGGCUGGGUGAUUUCAAUCAAGCCAUAGUGUACGCCGAGCAAUGUCUAGAUAUUGUUGGAGAAACGUCAGUAAGGUUAUUAGCUUUAGAAGUUGUUGGUGUGAGUUCUACUUUAAUGGGUAAAUUUUUUAAAGCCAUGCAGUUUUUCCAGGAUUACCUUAAUGUCGCUAAACACGCAGGGGACAGGAGGAGCGAGGCUCACGCCUUUGCACAUAUUGGACUUGUCUAUGUUCUAGGGGCUGAUUUUAAGCAAGCAAUGGUGUACCUAAAGAAAGCGCUUACCAUGGCCAAAGACCUGAGAGACCCAGCCACAGAGGCACUGGUCUAUCAAGGUCUUACGGAAAUUUUUUUGCAACAGGGUGACUUUGAACGAGCCAUCGAGUACAACAAGAAAUUUAUUACCACGUAUCAGGAAUCGAUUGGUAAAGAAGCCUUAAGAUGGUGUUUAGCCACUUCAGGUUUUACUUAUGAACGCUCUGGAGACUUGCAUCAAGCGGUUGAUUGUUAUCAACGCAGUGUUAAAUUUUUAAAUGAGUUGAGAGUUCUGCAAGCCGACGAUGCGUUGAAAAUAACCUUCCGCGAUGCACAUCAAAAUAUUUAUCAGUCACUCUGCAGAACUUUGAUCAAGCUGGAAAAAUUCGACGAGGCAUUGUGUGCUGCGGACCAAGGACGAGCCGAGGCCUUGUUGGAUCUCAUCAAACUACGAUAUGGAUCCCAACUGGCACUUUCUGGAUCAGUUGAGGCUAAACCAGGGAUCUCCGAAAUGGUCACUGAUAUCUCUGGUCAAACGCUUUUUGUUGCUCUACUAGGGAACUCAGUUAACCUGUGGGUAAUCGGGAAAGACAGGAAUGUACAGUUUAGAAAAAAAGAAGUGAAAUAUCUCCGUAGAGGUGCGACCGACUAUUUGAAUUACUUAAGGAAGAAGGCUUACGAGGAAAUUCGAGGAAGAUUCAGGGUAAUCUGCGAAAACCGCAUAUUAGAUGGGUCGAGUACCGAACAAGAAUUGCCACCCGCCGAGGAAAGAGGUGAAGAAACAGGAAACCCAUUACAGUCUGACGAGAAUCCUCUGCGUCUCUUUCAUGAGUGCAUCAUAAGUCCUAUUUCAGAUUUGAUCGAAGAUGGCGAGUUGGUUGUCGUUCCUGAUGGUCCACUGUGUCUCGCCCCUUUUGUUGCAUUUUUGGAUUCCGAAUCAAAGUAUCUCAGUGAGUCCAUGAGGAUACGCAUUCUUCCGUCAUUGAUGUGUAUGAAACUGAUCGACGCUUCUCCCAAAGAAUAUCACAACAAGAGUGGGGCGUUGCUCGUAGGAAAUCCAUGUCUAAAAGACUUUACCACCUUGUUCGGAGAGAAUAAAUAUUUGCCCUUGCCCUGCGCCGAAAAGGAAGUGGAGAUUAUCGGAAAUAUGCUUGGAAUCCACCCACUCACAGGAAAAGAGGCAACCAAGGCUGAGGUGCUGAAGAGAAUCGGUUCAGUUGUUUUAGUGCACAUUGCUGCGCACGGAAAAAUCGAAACUGGGGAAAUUGCUUUGGCUCCAAAUCCACAACGAAAAUACAGAAGACCAGAAGAACAAGAUUUCAGGUUAACAAUUUCCGAUGUUCAAGCAGCAAAGUUGCGUGCAAAGCUUGUUGUGUUAAGUUGUUGUCAUAGUGCUCAAGGCAAGGUUUCUAGUGAGGGUGUGGUCGGCAUUGCACGGGCUUUCCUCGGUGCUGGUGCUCGUUCUGUUCUGGUCGCACUCUGGUCAAUUGAUGACGAGGCUACCAUGGAGUUUAUGAGAAGCUUUUACCAACAUCUGAAGGAUGGAAACAGCGCCAGCGUGUCACUCAACCGGGCGAUGAAAUGUCUGCGAGAAUCAGAAGACUUUAAUGCCCCGCGGUUCUGGGCUCCGUUUGUACUCAUUGGUGAUGACGUCACAAUCGAUUUUAAAGAAAUCAACAAUGAAUCGUGA